UUGGUAGUAGUAGUACCUACCAUUGGUAGUACCUAUCAACACAUUUAUAACACAAAGAAAUGAAAUAAAAUAGUGAAAAUUAAAAUCGCCGCCGCGUUGCCUCCGUCGGAGAGGAAGAAGAAACUGCCAAACUACAACUCACUCUCUCCGAUCCAUAAAUCAUUCUCUCUCUCUAAAAUCUCUCUCACACAGACCAAACAGUAGAGUUCGUUCUGUCAAGAACUGAGGGAGGUUCAGGUCCAUGAUAUUUUGAAAUCUGUCUGGAAUAGGAAGACCAUGGGACGUGCUUCACCAUUACUUUUAAUUUUUUUAGUUCUUGGUUCUUCCUUUGCCACUUAUAAUUUGGUGACAAUGUUAAUGCACUAUGGAUCUUCCGAAGGCGUGGCUAUUGAUGAUGGUGCAUUGUUUUUUGACCCCAUUAUUGAGAUGCCUGAUCAUGUAAAGAAUCGGAAGACAUCUAGAACACCCUUUCAUGUUGCAUUAACGGCAACAGAUGCUCCAUAUAACAAAUGGCAAUGCCGUGUCAUGUAUUACUGGUAUAAACAACAAAAGAAGUUACCUGGGUCAGAGAUGGGAGGCUUCACUAGGAUACUACAUUCUGGAAAUCCUGACAACUUGAUGGAUGAAAUUCCAACUGUUGUGGUUGAUCCCCUUCCAGCAGGUUUAGAUCGGGGAUACAUUGUUCUUAAUAGGCCAUGGGCAUUUGUUCAGUGGCUGCAAAAGGCUAAAAUAGAGGAAGAAUAUGUGUUAAUGGCAGAGCCUGAUCACAUAUUUUUACGUCCUCUGCCCAAUCUGGCCUAUGGGGGACAUCCAGCUGCUUUUCCAUUUUUUUACAUUAGACCUGAUCAGAAUGAAAAAAUCAUAAGGAAGUUUUAUCCCGAGGAGUUGGGACCCGUUACAAAAGUUGAUCCAAUCGGCAAUUCUCCUGUAAUUAUAAGAAAGGAUUUGAUCUCAAAGAUUGCCCCCACAUGGAUGAAUAUAUCUUUGAAGAUGAAAGAGGAUCCAGAGACCGAUAAAGCAUUUGGAUGGGUGCUAGAAAUGUAUGCUUAUGCUGUUGCAUCUGCUCUGCAUGGUGUGAGGCACAUUCUGCGGAAAGACUUCAUGCUACAGCCCCCAUGGGAUCUUGAAACUAACAAGAAGUACAUACUUCACUAUACUUAUGGAUGUGACUACAAUAUGAAGGGUGAACUGACUUACGGAAAAAUUGGUGAGUGGAGAUUUGACAAAAGGUCACAUCUACGAGGACCUCCACCAAAAAACUUGCCCUUGCCCCCACCAGGGGUUCCUGAAAGUGUGGUGACCCUUGUAAAGAUGGUGAAUGAGGCUAGUGCUAACAUCCCGAAUUGGGACACAUCGUAAAUAUUUGCACACCUUCAUCAUGAUAUCCAAAGUGCAUAUUUCGAAAGAGAAAAAAGAAGGAAAAAAAGUGUAGGCAUUGAGACUUUCUUUUUGCCCCGAGUUUAGCCAUAGAAUCAUAGAUCAUUGUAAACUAGAUACCCCUUUAUAAUGACAAUUUAAAUGCAGGAUAAAUCGCUUUAUUAUUUCUUCUUGGUGAUAUUCUUGAAUGGUGUUUGGGCUCGUUCCAUAAUGCCAUAUAUUUUGUUCAAUAAUCAAUAAGUAUUGGCUUCGAAAUUGCUUAUGUAUAUGUUGACACUCCUUGUAUAGCCACCCUCUAGACAAUUGUUUCGCUUCAUUUCUACA